AGAAAGGAGAGAAAGAGAGACUAAGACUGAAAAAAUAUAGAAUAAUGGAAAAAAUGAAUGACCGGCGAAAUAGGUCAAAAAGAGGAAGAGAAAAGUAAGCGUCCCUCCUGCACGUGGAAUAAAACACGCGUAACACGGGUGAAAUUACCGAAUAAUCCACGCUAGGAUGAUCCUAUCACCGCGGGAGCGAUCAUUGUUGUCGACAAUAGAGCGCGAAACAAUAUUGUAACAUCGCCAACAAAAGGCCAUCAAUGCUCUUUCGUUUUUGAACCAAAUAAAUCUUUAUAUUACAUCUCGUUUGACGUGAUCGAUUAAUUAAAGACAUGAAUAAAAGCUCGAGAGCAGCGAUUCAUAAUCGAAUCUAUCAGUUUUAAUUGUCGGCAUUUAAAUCAAUCAAGGAAAAUUUUAUAUAUUUCUUCUUUAUCUCUAUACAAUUACAAAAGAGAAUUUGCGAUUAAGUAACAUUGUUACAUUAUCUUUAAAGGUUGAAUGGUUGCUCCGCAGAAAACGAAAGUAACGCAAUUCUUGACUAAAAUCGUUUCAAGGUUUCGACAGAGACGAAGAUAUUAAGACCAGAAGUUUCCUCAUUAGGAAAACGUACUACAAGUUUCUGUGAGCGCCGACAUUUAACUCUAGCAGUCCUGAGAUAUCUCAAUCUCCGAAAUGUUACAAAUUUUUAACAAGUUAAAGAAUAAAAACAACUUAUAUCACAACUUAUAUUAAGUUUUACUAAAAUUUAUCGCAGGAAAAUCCACGUAAUCAAAGAGAAAUAUUAGAAGAAAAAAAUCCUCAAUCACAAAAAAUAAAAGUUCUUAUGAAAAAUUAAAAAAAGAGAAAAAAAGAAAUUAGUAAAAGAAAGUAAAUAACUAACAAAGAGUGUUUCAGAUCCUUCAGAAAAUGACAUCAAAUUUCUAGAACAGUUAAUUCUUUCUUAACACACAGAAGUUAUCGAGCUAAGGAGAAACUUUCAACCUCUGUAGAAACUUCGAAAUUGCUACAUAUCCAUUUGGAAUCCGUAGUGUAUUCGACGAAUCCAAGACGAAUAGUUACUUUCGAGAAAACUUCCUACGUGACUUUCAUCGCUGAAAAAAAAAAGAAAGGAAAAGAGAGAGGGAGAAAGAAUUUAUUGUUUCUUAAAAAUAUUCCUAAUAUAAAAAAUUGAUGCCAAUAAUGUUAACAAAAUUUUACACUGGCCCUCGCAAAAGUAUAAUAAGUUCUGAUGUAUACUUAUGUUAAUAAUUACAUCAAAAGACAAGAUCUACUAACUCGACUGGAAAUAUCCUUUCGCUCGUCAAUCUAAUCUUCCCGAAAAACAAACGUCCUUAAAAUUCUACUUUUCCGAAAAGGGUUAAGUGAUCCUUUGCUACGGUGCAUCGACGCAAGUAAAGCAAAUUGUCGCAGCUGAUCAGCGCGCAGCGUCCUUUGUGAGGCGCAUCGACAAUGUGACGGGGGUGGAUACGGUGGCCUAGCGCUACAUAGGAUUUUUGCGAGUCUUCGCUCUUUCGACUAUAGCCGAAUUAUUUGCCCGACGUGGCAGCAAUGGGAAAUACCCGAAAUCGUAUUUGCCAUUCCCAUCAUAUCCAUCGGCGCCGCUUUUUUCUCUCUUUUCCCAUUCACAGAUGACCAACGACGUGGGUUGUUCGACUCAAAUGGGAUGCUCCUUUGUGAGCUCCGUAUUCCGAGCGGAGAAUGCACGUUUUUUUUUCCGCCGGGUGAAAUGAGCCGAAGUCUAAUUUCCGAAGUUCUACCUCGGAGACCGAAAGAGAGGGAGGACGAUGGAGGACUGGGGGAUGAUACUAUCGAUGGUGAAAGGAGUAAAGACUCCGAAGGAGCAGCGAGUUUGUCGAGGACAUCAAUCUGCCGAGUGUCCCCGUGUGUACACAUCGGGAAAGAAAAACCUGAUUCCAUCUUUCAUGUACUUCGAUCAAGAUCGAUGUUUUGGAGGGAGAUCUCGAAGGGCCUGGAUUAAAAUAGCUCACGUAAGGGUUAUUGUCCACUGUUUUCAUGUUAUACGCUUUAUCGCGUUUAUCUCGUACAAUCCUCCGUUUUGUGUGAUCCUCAGUCUUUUUUUUUGCCAACAAACGUUAGCAUAAAGCUCGGUUAGCAACUACCAAUGCGUAAAAUCUUUCGCGGCAAUCUGACGUAAAGUUUGAAUACAAAUCGUAGUGUCAUACUGGAAUCGAUGAAGCAAACAUCACUGUUCCAACAAAAAAAUCUAAAGCUAAGAUAAAUGAUUGUUGCGUCAUCGACUAAAUCAUUCGAUAAAAAUAGAAUAUAAUAAUAAUAAAACAAAAAAAUUUAAUCGUAUUAAUCGUGAAUUUAAUCGCUUAAAUUGUUCAUUAAAUAUAAAUAGUUAUUAUUUAUUUACCAUUAGUAAGAGUACAUUAAUUAAGCGCACAUCAAUAAUUAAAAAAAUAAAUCUUUCAAGCUAUAAAAAUGUAAAUUUUGUGCCGUUACUAUGGUUAUAUGAAAAAUUCAAUUUGUCAAGCCGAGAGAUUUGCGGAUGACUUUUAUUCGAUUAGACGCGAAUAUGAAAAGUUCUCAGCGGAUUCUCUCACGAUGUACGACAGUUCGCAGGCGGAACUUUCAGCCUCAUUCCACCGCGGCCGAUUGAAAAAUGGCGACGUAAAUAGUCCAAGUUGUCAGCUAAGAUUGACGUCAACCGUGAGUUUUGUCGGGUUCGCAUUACCGCGAGAAAGACAAAAUGAAAUUUACCUCAGACUUCAAUGGAAGUAACAGAUAUCUUUCCCAACUGAGUCAUAGUAUUUUAUUGUGUUCAGAGGUAGAAUAGUCGUAAAACUUUCUUUAAGGAUCGCAUACGAAUUUCUAAGUUGAACGGAUUGGAUUAUUCGGUCCGAUAUAUAACUCAAUAUAUUCUAAUUGUUACACACGCAGAAAAAGACAAAAAACACAUUUCGAGACUUUUUAGGAGUGGUUACAGCUUUAGAUGCUGAAAUGUGUUUUGUCUACCAUUGCGAUACGAUUUCGUCGAAAUAAAAGUAAGUUUCUUUUUCCGAGAAAAAGUACGAUCGAAUAUUCGCCCCGCAAAAAUGACAAGUCAACCGCUGAUAUGAGAAGACGAGAGAAGGUGGAAAAUUUAAGAGAAGAGGUGAGAAGUGUCGAAAUGCGAUUUGCGGAAGUUGAGGGUGGAAGUUCUCCCUUCCGGCUCGUUAAGCGUUAAGCCGUCAGUUCCAGACAUCUACAGUCGAAGUUUAUGUUUGGUUUUUCGAGAAAAAUACGACGUCUGUGUAAUACGUUUACUGACAUUUAUGUAAGCCUCAGAGUGCAUCAGAAGGUUAAUGCCCAAGCACUUAUCGUCGAAACGCAACCCGAGAAAGUCUCUUCGAUUCUUUAGCUUUAUUUCGCGAUUUUCUGGACGGAAUACCCGAGGUAUGUUUUCAAAUAUUUAGCUUGCAGUCUCGAGCAUUUCGCAAGACCUGCCACCGGCGAUAUUGCCUCGCAACAGGAUACCUUGAAAGUUUCACAACGGGGAAUAAGUUCGCCUCGGCUAAGCCGAAUCGUAUACGACAGCGAUUAUCCCGAUAUUCCGGAGAGAGAUUUUUCAAUUCGUGUUUAGAUUCCAUAUCCUGAACCGAUUUUCGCGUCAACCUAGCAUAAAGUGAUGUAACGUGUUACAAGGAUAUUAUUAUAAUAAUGUCGACAACGCGUUUACAUCGAGAUAUCUGUGGAUGUUACGUUUUUACCUCAAAUUAACAAUAAGCAGAUUCUAUCGUGACCGCGGUAAACGAUUAUUACCCCAAGUUUCCCGAUAUAGUUCGCUUUGAUUCAAUUAGCUCUGAGCAUCGAUCGAUACUGGAUUCGGAAUCGAGACCAUCUCGUACCGAAAUCAAAUGGAAAAUCACCUUUCCAUGCACGUAUAACGUUUCCAUUACAACGAUUAUAUUCACGAUCGUUUUGAUUAAAGAAAAAAAAAAAAAACGAAUGUACCACUAAGAUUUCACACAAUUAUCAUGACUCACCCUGAAUAAUAAAUGACAAACAUUUUAUAAGAACUAUGUGUACUAUGCCGUAUAUAAAAUAAUUAAAAUCUUAAAUAUUAUACUAUUAUCACUGUGAUGCUACGCUUCGCUAUAGCUGUUACUGAUUAAAAAUUGCGACGCUUCAAUGCUCACGAAACGAAAAUUCUGAGUACUCAUGGCCAUAAAGAUUGGACCACUAUUCGAAACCGUAAAAGGGUAGUCACGCCCCGGAUAAAAGGGAGCAACCAAUAGGACGACUCCAGGUAGAGGGUCGUGCACGAAAUUAAAAUAUCCUUCCUACGUAAUGAUGCUACAGAUACGCUGCUAAGGACGCACGUGAGUCCGCAGGACGAGGACUGUAUGGUCCGAAUCGUUCCCUUUGCGACGAGAAGGGUGGUUCUCGACCCUUAGUCGAAGGGUUCCGCCGGUAUCCCCUUGGAAUCGCGGAUCCGGCGGACAUAUGCUGACGCUGAAGGGAGAGAGAAGCGUUAUUGUAUUAUUCACGACUCUCGGCCCCGUAAGAUAACGUUGCUGUGAUUUUUAAUAGGCGGACGCAAAGAUGUGAAAGUGCGGGGGGUGUGCCCCUUCGUGUAUGCCUCGAUAAUGGGAUUAGUCGUGUUGUUAGGGGGGUUUAAAAUCGCGGCUAUGUUUUCUCAACUUCACCGGCGCGCGCUAAAUAAUACGGUAUAUUAUCCGCCAAUAUCGAGACAUUUAACCCUUAAAGAUUAUCGCGAUCCAAUGUAAAUUUAUCAUUGACGAUAAUAGGGCGAUAUAUGUAGAUGCAUAAAGUUCUAAUAAAACUUAAUUUAAUUAAUAAAACAUUUUACAGCAAGAAACUUGAAACUUCUUUUCAAAAAAUAUUUCUUUGAGAAUUUAAUUUAACAAUUUAUUAUCGAUUAAAAAAGAUCUCGUUAUUUAUUAAUAUUUUUUUACAGUUAAGCAAGCCAAAUAGUUUUGUAAUUAUCAAUGCAGCAACUUAUUUAUUUCUCUUCCGGGAUAUUUUAUUAAAAUGUAUUAUCAUUGUAUCAUAUUGCUCCAAUUUUGUCCCAAUCACGAAGCGAUCAUCAGGUCGCGUUUACCCCGAUAUAACGAAUACGUCGUCGCGCGCAAUUAAUUUUCGGAUGCAUCGACAGGUGCAGCCGGCAUGGAGUCGUGCGCACAAGAAUACACUCGCGCAAUGACGAGGCCGAAACUCUGAUCGUGAAAGUGGAUAUUCGAAACGGCGUUUCAUGUUAAACACUAAUUUUCCGCUUUAUGAGCGCAUCACACGGUUUCGUCUAUUGCGCGACUCGCUCGAUAAAUUACAGGAACGGCUAAUCAAGAAAUUAGUCGCAUGCAUGGAAGUCAAACGGUAUUAACGAAACGUUAUUGCCUCCCUUUCCGUUGAUACGCUUCGCUGUACCGCGAUGGCGGAUUCUCCGAGAGAAUCUCAAUACAAAUAUGUUACUCGCGGAUGCAAUAUGUUUUCUACUUAAAAUUCAGAUGCAUAGAUUCUAUGAAUAAUGAUUAGGUUUUUAUUUGCGGGAAUAAAAAUCCAAUAAAUAACUGACAGAUCCUAUAAUAUAUUAUAGAUUCCAUUAUAAGAUUGUGCAAAUGUGUUUGCACUUAUUGCUAAAAUUUGCAAUUACUUAGCUAGUAUUUAAUCAUAAUUUCUUUCGCAAUUUGAUUAAAAUGUAUUACAAUUAAUAGUAAAAUAAAAAAUAAUCAUUUUUUUGCGCUAGAAUCAUAUAAAAAUAUCAUAUGUUAAAAAAUUCGAUAAAAUAUAUUACCAAGUCCUUCAAAUAGACAAAACGUUUUCUGACGAUUCUCGAUAUUCAUCAGUCAACAUCAUAUUCGAACCAUCAAGAUAUCUUAUCUGAUAGAUUUUGUAUUCCGUAGUGCUCUCGUCAUUUUUCUCUCAUUAUUCUCGCAACAGGCUUUUAUUUCAGUUGCAGGAUUUCAUUAGCGUGAUGUACGGGGAUGCAAAUUCUCGUAAAGAGAAAGAAACAAGAAGUAAACAAAAAAUAAGACCGGCGAAGUCUCGGUUUCUAAGACGGAUCCAAGAUUUGAUUUGAGCUUCCCUGGUGAAUAUCGACCCGCGCGACGGGAAACGAAUUUACGUUUCGCCCCUUCGGAGAGAUACCGACGAAAAGCGGUUUCGUCUGUAAACCGACGCCCAUCACACUGACAUAAUCUCAUUCCUAUGAAACUCCGCCUACGUAAUAGACAACAAUAAUGUCGAAAUUUAUUUUCCCGCGGAUUUCCGGAGAUCUUGUGACUCGUGAAUCAAAUAUUUAUAAAAAUAGAGGUUUACCAGGUUUCUUAACUUGUAUACGAUAAUUUAAACGUUCUUCUCAUAAUCUCCGAAUACACAAUUAUGUUAAUCAAUCAUUUGUCUCUACAUAAAUUUUACAAUUUUCAACUCUUUAAGAACUAUCUAUUCAAAUAAAUUUUACAUACAUGAGGAUUAUUAAAAAACGAUAAGCAGCGGAAAAUUAGAGGUACUAGUGUUAAACCUAUUCUCUCUUAUUCUUGUUCUAAAAUAUGCGUUAGCAGCUAAAGGUCAGAUUAAAUAAAUAUAGAUGAAUUCAAUUAUGUUAUUACAUUCAAUAUUAAUUUAUUAUUUCACGAAAUCUAUUCUGGCGUCAUUUGCCUAAUUUCGCGCGGCUGGAGACUACUAAUGAUGCCUUCCACAACCCGAAGUAGGUACCAACGUCUUUAGUCAACUCCUCCUACCAACUUAUCUUGAUUACCCGCGCAGAUUCUUCAGCACGUUCCAAAGAAGCCCAGUUGAUAAACGUUGACGAGGAAAAAAGGUGGAAGAGAGCACGAAACUGUUCCAACCUUGUCCGUCAGAAAAAGAAAAAUCGCAGGAUGAAAGGAUCUUUCUUUUUCCAUUGUUUUCGUCGAAACCGUAUGAAUUCAGGUCAUCGUUUAGAUUUAGAUAAAGAAGAUUAUAUCAACAUCAAACGCACGCUAUAAUGAGAUCCAUUAGUGAUAAUCAUUAGUAUCUCCAGAUAAUAAUUUGCACAAUGAAACGUGCCUUUCACGAAACGCUUGAUUCUUAUAAAUCAUCUUAUAAAACUGUACAUGAUUAUUUCUAUUUCUUUUAUUCAAAAUGGUUUAAUUAAACCUCUCUCUCAUACAGAGUUAAGAAAUAUCUUUAAAGCUCUUUAUUAACUUAAACAUAUUAGAGAAAGAAAUAGAAAGUCUAAUAUUUGCAUUAGCUCGUUUCCAUCGAUUUAAAUCAUACUUUGAGUUCAUUGGUUGUACUCCGAAACGGCAGACAUAGAUUAUGGCGGGGUUGGAGCAUUGAUAAUAAUAGAAAGAUGGGUAAAGAGGCCGUAUAAAAUUUCCGGCGAUAUUAGCCACCCGUCGAAUUAGUGCUGCGAGAAAAUGCCCUACUCACUGUCGUUCCCCAGGGAGUGUAGUUAGGGUGAACCCCGGACAGGGCACCCUCAUAGAGAAAAAGGGCGGGGCCCCGUAUAAAGGGCCCCGAAUCAAAAACCAACCCCUGGGUGGAGUUUGCACCCCGUAUAUAUACAACGCGUCGAGGGUCCUCGAAAUAUAGAAUUCGAUGCACCUUCGUGCAGCUAGGAUCUACGAGUUAAUAUUUGUCUCGCAACUUCGUGUUACAAUUAAAAACACUAAACAGUGCGAAAUCAAUAUCGCGAGAUAAUUCGAAAAAGGCAGAGAAAGAUAAUCGUUCUUCAAAGAAAAACCGUUGGAAAGAUUUAAGGACGCAGUGAGAUUUCAAUGUAUCGUUGUUUAGAAUAAAAAUUUCGUUAAACUCUCAAAGCGGAGCUUAAAUAGAAAGUUCAGUGCGACGAGGAGUUCUCAAUGAUCGUUGGAUUACUUUGUGUCGCGUGUGAACUCCACAGAUUCAAGUUGAACACAACUUGAACAAUUGUGUUGAACUUCAACGAAACGAAAAUGUCUCGAAGCUUCCUAGUGGACUCUUUGAUCGGCAACAACUCGCCGCCCUCAUACCCGCUACCAUACUAUGGGAAUCUACCUAAUUAUAUGUUCAAUUUCUUUAAUGUGGGUCUGGGCUACCAACCGAUCAGACCAGUGCCUAGACCACCCACCAUGCCUGUGCCGAUCAGUCCACCGACACUGGGUGUUUUGCCAAUGCCUAGACAGAGUCCUCCGUCGCCUUUGAAUAUCUCGACGAGCAGACUGCCAGACGUUUCAACACCCAGCGAGUCUCCGUCCCGCAACAGCACCCCGACGCCUCCGCCAAAAUCCCCGAGCUCCAUUAGCAACAGCUCGAAGCGCAUCCGGACCGCGUUCACCAGCACUCAGCUGUUAGAGUUGGAGCGCGAGUUUGCCUCAAACAUGUACCUGUCGCGACUACGUCGAAUCGAGAUCGCGACCAAUCUGCGGCUGUCGGAGAAACAGGUGAAGAUCUGGUUUCAGAACCGCCGAGUGAAAUAUAAGAAGGAGGAUCUGCCGUCCGGCCAAAGCCAGAAAUGCUGCUGCUUACGGACAUGCGGUAAACGAAAAGAUAGUUGCGGAGAGGAGUCGCCCAGCCGUAAGUGCGAUCAGGACGAAGACGAGAAAAGAUCCGUCAAGAGCGAGAGUGACGAUGGUAAAUCCGGUCGCGGGCUCGUUAUAGCUGAACAUCUCGAGCGAUCAAUCGCAAACGAAGACGUCGGCCCCGAGGAGAAGUUCGACUUCUCGAGAAUAAACUCGGUACAGGAGGAUCAGGUAGUCGGAUACGAAGCGCGAGAUCUCUCUCGAGGUUGUAAGAGGAAUCUGGCGGAGGCAAGCGAAGGGAGCGACAAGAGGAGGAAAAUGGAGACAGUGGUAGAUUAUCAAACUCCGGAGGCGAUUACAACUCCAGUGUUCAGAAAUAUAGCAUGCACGAAACAUACCGUCGAGAGAAUCGUUAACUCGUAGAUACGGAAGUCUGUAUAUAAGUUCUCAGAGCAUGUAAUGUAACGCAAAGCUGAAACUCUCACGAUACCUUUGCGAAUACAUAAAUUGAAUAUAUAGCUGAAUAAAUAGCUAUAAGCGGUUUAAAGAGACAAGAGAUUGUAUUAGGAUGCAUUUAACAAUUGUGAAUAUUGUAAAUAGAUUUUGUAAGAUUAUAUUGUAGUAAUAUUUUUGUACGAUUUAUGUAAAAAACUAAAAUUGUAUAUUUUUAAUAUAAAUUUAAUCUAAAUAAAUAUU